CCCACAAAAUUUCGACACUGCCACACUUCACAUGCCAGCAUCUUUUACUCCAGUCUUUAGCAAUCAACACAUAUGACCCUCCUACCCAAAAAAAGAAAAAAAAUACAUAUGACCCCCGCAAUCCAGCAACAAAGCCCCGGCCAAUUAUCACCGCAAGUUCUUCCCCUUAGCUUCUCAUACUACCAGUAGUGCUUCAUAAUUUUGAUGGCAACCUUCUACACUUCCUCCCAUUAUUGGGUUCUGCUGCUGGUGCUCUGCUUGUUCUCAACGGCGAGCUCCGAUGUGUCGAGCGACCAGAAAGAGUGCUCGGAUCAAUUGGUGGGGCUGGCCACCUGCCUGUCCUUCGUCCAAGGGAAUGCCAAGGCUCCCACCCCUGACUGCUGCACCGGCCUCAAACAAGUCCUUGCCAAAAGCCCCAAGUGUCUGUGCAUCCUCAUCAAGGAUAGUGAUGAUCCCCAGCUUGGUAUCAAGUUCAAUGUCAGCCUCGCUCUUAGACUGCCUUCGCUCUGCAGCGCCCCUGCCAACAUUUCCGAGUGCCCAAAACUUCUGAACCUGCCUCCAAAUUCCCAGGACGCUGAGAUCUUUAAGCAGGCUGCGAAUACAACUCAAGAUAAGGGCAACUCGACGAGCAGUGGGAGCACGGGCGUCAGCGCGCAAGCAAGCAGCGGGGGGAGAAGUUAUCAUUUGGGAGGGCCGGGUUGGGUGGGAGCGGAGAAGGUGGUUCGGUGUCUUCCUUUUGUGGUGCCAGCACUCCUACUACUGACUUGACCGCAUGGAGAGAAUGAAAGCACCAUGACACAAAAAGUGAGCGUGGGAUUUUUUUGUUGGAACUGAAGUUAUUCCGCAAUCAAAUUAGAAAAUGUUUAGAGAAUGGGCUGAAAUUCUGUUGAAUUCAUGAAUUGAGCUAGUAAAAUCAGCUAGAUAAUAAGUUUAUUAGACUCAGCUAAGCUUAUAUCCAUAACUAUUCAGGAUUGAUUUUCGAUUGGACUGACUUGAAUACCAUACGAAGAAAAAAGACUGAUGUUGAGAUUAAAGAUUUUUUUUUCCUAUGGGAUUCAAGCUAGCCCACUUUAAAAUCAAUCCUCGAUAGUUGUGGAUAUAGAUCUAAGUCAGUCUAUAACUCUAUUAUCUAACUGAUUUUACUGAUCCAAUCUAUGAAUCCAAUGCGAUUUUCAACUCAUUCAUCCAAAUAAGCUCUUAAUGUUUUUAUGUUUGAACAUAGUGCUUGUUCAUGGUCUAUGUUGACUACUUAUACUAUUGUUAGAGGCUCAAGUUGUAUCUUUGGCAUGAAAGAAUGAUCAAUUUCUUUCA